AACCCGGACACUCAUUAGUGUGGCACGCGCGCUUUGUUUAUUUCCGUUCCGCUAGCUUGGCUCUGCGGGAUAAACGCAAAGCAGAAGCUUCGUUUAAUGAACAUUUCUGAAGAAAAAUACACAAUAUAGAUUAAAAUGAAACCUGCGGUGGACGAGAUGUUCCCUGAAGGAGCUGGACCGUACGUGGAUCUGGACGAGGCAGGGGGCAGCAGCGGGCUGCUGAUGGAUCUGGCAGCCAAUGAGAAAGCGGUACACUCAGACUUCUUUAAUGACUUUGAGGAUCUCUUCGACGACGACGACCUGCAGUGACGCCGGCCGUCCAACAUCCAGUCGUGUCCAUGGAGAUGCUGCCCCUCCCCCUUUGUAUGAGUGACUGACCAGAAAAUAAAGUUUUUGUUUGACAGAAAAAGUCUGAA